CUCUCCUCCCUCUUCCUUCCUUUCUUUUCACACAUACUCGAUAUUCCUUUCCUCACUGAGCCUGUAACAAACGAUGGAUCUUGUUCACACCUGAAAGAGCAUUUUUCAAAAUCUUUGGCUCGUGGUGAGAGUUAACAACCCCGGUUUGCGUGUGCAAUGAUGACCACCUACCCAGGCCCCGAGGAUAACGGCAUGAUACUCAUGGACACUACCUCGAGCUCAGCGGAGAAAGAUCGAACAAAAGAGGAAACCCCUCCCGAGAAGGGACCGGACAAAUCCGACCCGACACAGAAACCACCGUACUCCUACGUGGCGUUAAUCGCGAUGGCAAUCCGCGAGAGCUCGGAGAAGCGUCUCACGCUGUCCGGCAUCUACCAGUACAUCAUCAGUAAGUUUCCUUUCUACGAGAAGAACAAAAAAGGAUGGCAGAACAGCAUCCGACACAACCUGUCACUCAACGAGUGUUUCAUCAAGGUGCCUCGGGAGGGCGGCGGCGAGCGAAAGGGCAACUAUUGGACCUUAGACCCUGCAUGCGAGGAUAUGUUCGAAAAAGGCAACUACCGGCGACGGCGACGCAUGAAGAGACCGUUCAGGCCUCCACCGACCCAUUUCCAGCCCGGCAAAUCUCUCUUCGGCGGUGACGGGUACGGUUACCUCACCCCGCCCAAAUACCUGCAAUCAGGGUUCAUCAACAACUCGUGGUCUCCUGCGCCAAUGCCCUAUACCUCCUGUCAGAUGAGCAGUGGGAACUUGAGUCCCGUUAACGUGAAAGGCUUGUCCGCGCCAUCCUCGUACAAUCCGUACUCGCGGGCGCAGAGCACAGGUCUACCGGGCAUGGUGAACACUUACAACGGCAUGAGCCACCAUCACCUCCACCAUCACACGCACCCUCAUGCGCUCCCGCACGCGCAGCAACUGAGUCCCGCCACGGCCGCAGCCCCUCCGGUGUCCACCGGUAACGGAACAGGGCUGCAGUUUGCUUGCUCGCGUCAACCCGCAGAACUCUCCAUGAUGCACUGCUCGUACUGGGACCACGAGAGCAAACACUCCGCGCUACACGCGCGGAUUGAUAUAUAGCUCGGAUGUGAGUAUGAGACCAAGGACAGAUUCAAUUUCUCGCGUACAAUAAGAAAUAAAAACAAGGUCCAUCAAAUUCAAAAAACAGAAAGGCAUAUUAUAAAAUUCUGCUGAUUUAAGACUGAUAAGAAGGAAAAACUUUUACUGGAGCCGCAAACUUGUGGAAGCACGGGCGUUUUCUGGCCGUUUCUCUGCCUGUAGCCUGCCUAACGCAGGGAAUAAAUAUCAUAUUUUCCUUUACAGGAGACUUGUGGACAUUUAUGUUGUGAAUGUGUAAACAAACAAAUGGGAGGAUGGCCAGCAGAUUGAAGGUAUAAUCGUCAUGGAAUUACAGUUCAUGUUUACCUGAAUCCAUUCUGUCAAUGCCCCUGGAGUGAAGUAUUGCGUUCUGAACCCUCUUUUCUUCUAUUUGCUUUUGAAUGUGUAAGGAUACAGUGGAGCUCUGGACAGGUAUACAAACCGAAGUAUACACACCUGUGUUAUAGUCUCUUGUUUCAGUGUUUCAGGGUUUCAUACAGGAGUCAGAGCACGUGAGCUUUUGUGCUUUGUAAAAACAACAACAACAACAAAUAAAAUAAUAAUAAAUAAAAAACAGAAAAAGGAAACGGAAAAAAGAAAUAUAAUUUUAAUGUAUAUAUGACACAUUGGGGCCAUGUUUAACUAGCACUUUUCAAUCUUUUUUUCUCUUUUUAAUAGGUCUAGUUUUUAUUCUUUAAUAAACACUUUGUGAACUUAA